AUGCCGCUCUAUGCUAAAUUUUUGAAAGAUAUGCUAACUAGAAAGAACAAGUACAUCCAUAGUGAUACUAUAGUUAUGGAGGGAAACUGUAGUGUUGUGAUUCAACACAUCCUUCCACCAAAACAUAAAGAACCAGGCAGUGUCACUAUACCUUGUUCCAUAUGUGAAGUUUCUGUUGGCAAGGCUCUCAUUGAUUUGGGAGCCAGUAUUAAUUUGAUGCCACUUUCCAUGUGCCAGAGGCUUGGAGAGUUGGAGAUAAUGCUGACUAGGAUGACUUUACAGUUAGCAGAUCACUCCAUCAUCAGACCUUAUGGAGUGAUAGAAGAUGCUUUGGUUCAGGUCAAACACCUUACCUUCCCCGCUGAUUUUGUUGUGAUUGACAUAGAGGAGGAUGUUGAGAUUCCUCUGAUCUUGGGACGUCCAUUUAUGUCAAAUGCUAGUUGUGUAGUAGAUAUGGGGAAAGGAAAAUUGGAGUUGAGUGUUGACGAUCAAAUUGUCACUUUUAACCUGUUUGACGCUAUGAAGCAUCCGAGUGACCAUAAGGCUUGUUUUAAGAUGGAUAAGGUGGAACAAGAGAUUGAUAUGGUAGCUAAAGCCAUGGUUAUGCAUACCCUUCUCAAAAAAGUGCUGAGCAACACCCUUAAGUGUUUAACUGCAGAAGAAGAACAAGAAGUACAGAGUUGCUUGAAGGAAUUAGGAGAGUAA